GUUUUGGGUACAAACUAUUGAAGUUUAAUGACAUCGCUGACUAAAAAAUCAAAUGAAUAUUUAUAAUGUAUACUAAAUGAAAUAUACUGGACAGCUGUGAAAGUCGAUUUGAGUAAAAAACUGUAAUAAUUGUAGAAUAUUACAGAAUACAAUAGAAACAGAACAAGCUCACACAUAAACUUAACACUCAGAAAAUCAAUUUAGUUCUACAGAAGCAUGUCUCUAGCUGACGAAUUACUUGCUGAUUUAGAAGAAAAUGACGAUGGUGAACUCGAAGCUGCUAUCGAGAGCAAAACCAAAGAAGAAUACGACUUUGCAGUUCCAUAUCCCGUCUUACCUAAAGAAGAAGAAAUCAAGAAUGUCUCGAUAAGAGAACUCGCGAAACUAAGAUAUUCUGAUCGUCUGAAACGUGUUAUGAGUGAAAUAGAAUGUAAUGCUGGAAAUAACAGAAAUAAGGUUGAAGUUGCUGGCUUAAUGGAGUCUGACCCUGAAUAUCAACUGAUUGUGGAAGCAAAUAAUGUUGCUGUUGAAAUUGAUGGUGAAAUAGCUAUUAUUCACAGAUUUGUCCGUGACAAAUAUCAGAAACGGUUUCCUGAAUUGGAAUCUCUAAUCAUCACUCCAUUGGAAUACAUAAGGACAGUGAAAGAACUUGGCAAUGAUCUGGACAGGGCUAAGAAUAAUGAAAUAUUACAGAGUUUUCUAACUCAGGCCACUAUUAUGAUUGUUUCUGUUACUGCAUCUACAACUCAAGGGAAAUUAUUAAGCCAAAUUGAACUAGAAGAAAUCAAUGAGGCCUGUGAUAUGGCAAGUGAGCUGAACAACUUCAAAUCGCAAAUAUAUGAGUAUGUUGAAAGUAGAAUGACUUUUAUUGCACCAAACAUAACUGCCAUUGUUGGAGCAUCAACAGCAGCAAAAAUCCUUGGUGUGGCCGGUGGAUUGUCUAAAUUAUCAAAGAUGCCAGCGUGUAAUGUGUUACCUCUCGGGCAACAGAAGAAGACACUGUCAGGCUUCUCGCAAGCAACAGCUCUACCUCAUACUGGGUUCAUUUAUUUCUCACAAAUUGUACAAGAUACAACACCUGAAUUAAGGUACAAAGCUGCGAAAUUAGUGUCGACUAAGUUAACAUUAGCGGCCCGUGUGGACGCGUGCCACGAGAGCACCGAUGGGCACAUCGGUCGGCAACUGCGGGAAAACAUCGAAAAGAAACUAGAUAAACUACAGGAACCCCCACCGGUGAAGUUCGUGAAACCCCUACCGAAGCCGAUCGAACAAAGCAGGAAGAAGAGAGGCGGCAAACGUGUCAGGAAGAUGAAGGAGCGUUACGCUAUGACCGAGUUCAGGAAGAACGCCAACCGACUAAACUUUGCUGACAUCGAAGAUGACGCGUACCAAGAAGAUUUAGGAUACACGCGAGGCACGAUCGGCAAGUCUAGCACGGGCCGAAUCCGACUACCGCAAAUCGACGAGAAAACGAAGGUCCGCAUCAGCAAGACAUUGCAAAAGAACUUACAGAAACAACAGCAGUACGGCGGUGCUACCAGUAUUAGAAGACAAGUAUCUGGUACUGCGUCUUCUGUGGCCUUCACGCCUCUACAGGGUUUGGAAAUCGUCAAUCCUCAAGCCGCAGAAACUAGGACCAACGAAGGCAAUGCCAAGUAUUUCUCUAAUACAUCCGGGUUCUUAUCUGUGGGAAAGAAAUCUGAUUAAAUUAAAUAUUUUGCGUUUUUU